ACUCACACUUGCAUCCUAUGAGCGAACAACCAAAGGCCCACACAGACAAUCCUAAGCUGGUUAAAGGAGACGAAGGCAGGAGUUUGGUCGUGGCUCGGCUCAGUACCAGAGAAUUCGAUCAUGGCGAUACUGACGUGACAGGCAGUGGCGAGGAUAGUAGUGAUGAGGAGGGGAGCGAGUCUAGCGGGAGUGGAACCGACAGCAGCGGAACUACCUUCAGCAGUGUAGUUGUUUAUGACAGUGGUACUGAUGACGGAUUAGAUGAUGAAGGCGAGGAAACUCGGGCGUCAAAAAAGGUCAUGGAAUAUCUAAGACGCAUUAAUCACCUUAUCAAACCUGACGACUCUGAUCCAACAUAUGCAAGAAAUAUGAAGCGGCGGUUGCGCAGGUCUUUGUCGGAAGUUUUAACGAGAGAUGUCUCUGGUGAUCCAGUAACAACGCGCACUCGGCUCACAGUACAAUACAAGGUUAUAUUGGCACUGGCUAUAAAUCAGGCGGAGAUGAUCAAGAAUACUGUAGAACGUGACAGGCAAAUGGACGAUACGCAUGGACGACUGUUGGACCUGGAGGCGAUUCAACUGGGGAAGGCCCUUACUGCACAGAACAACAUAGCUCUUCGUACACUCCUAGACAGGUCUCUUCGUGGUCUCUUUGACGCAGUAUGCCAGCUGGAACUUAUGGACACUUCAUCCGCUGAACCCGAAGUGAUGAUUAAGGCACGCCUAGCCAAAAUGCUGGGUAAUCAAGGCACACUUUCGUCCAAAGGAUUCUUAGGCUACGUGAAGCGUAGAUAUGGAUCCCCGACGUCGAACGGCCUAAAUGAACUUAGAGUGAAGCUUACUUCGAAAGUUGAGGCUCUCAACAACCAAAUCAUAUUUUCGCAGGCGCAGCUGGACAACUCCAUAACGGGUGAGGAAGGGUACAAAGAAGUGAUACAGAAUGCCAAAGCUUUUAUAACGGCCCUCCAGAAUGAGUUGGGUCGUCUUUCCGCGUCUUCCUCACCUAACACAGAGACUUCGGUCUCUGCGGCAAAGAAGCAUAGCAUGGACAUGAAAGAUCACGAAAACCGUAUUGCUGUCCGUACAGAGCACAUACAGCAAGCAGCAGUAAUCCAAGCUCAACUUAGGGAGGAGAUAACAACAAAAUCCCGCCAGAGGUACUACCUGGAACGUGGAAGGAGUAUGCUUCUUGAUCCCAAGGUGGUUGACGAAUUGUUUGUAGUUCAUAGGAACGCCAUCCGAGUAGCCGGCAACAAUGCGGCUCAUUUUAACAACGAUUCAGAGUGGCUGCAGAAGGCAGCGGUUGCAGUCCAUUCAUACGUCGGGGAGUAUUCGGGCGUUCUCGAGUGCAUUCUGCAUGCAAUGCAGACCAAAGGGGAUGGGUUUUCGGACGUGUUCCAUAUAUCUGAGGAUGAGGAGAGUGCUGAGCCAGGUACCUCACGUAAGCACCAUACACAGAAACACCAGUCCGAAUCCUCUUCGAGCCGGAAGGAACAAUCCAGAAAAAGGAAGCAGGCGAGGCACACGGAGGAAUUAGGUAAUGAGGGUGACGCAACUCGCCGGAAGAAGAAAGCUAGGCAAAAUCCCUGAGUGCUUCUGGCUAAUAGUCUGCAUGCAUACUACAGUAUUUUGUACGGGUUGUAUGAUGAUUAUCUAUUUAUGUUCUUAAAAU